GGCUGUAGUUCCGUCAUCUCGCUCGUCUCCGAGGCUACAGGGGGCCAAUGUUGAUUUGGGCGAAUUCCUGUCGUUGUCGGACCCCGCCGAGGAUUAAUUUUUAAAAGCUGGGUUCGGUAACGCAAAGUGGCAGGCUUUUGAUUGAGAAUACUGCACCCCCGCCGUCGGUAUAGCUGUUUUUUGGGCUGGGGGAGAGGUGGGGAGCCGGGGGGCCUCGCUCGGAGGGGGCUGCAAGGAGGGACAGGAGAAGACUGGAUCCUCCGUGUUCAGGCCAACUGCGCCGAGGUCGGCCUGGCGGUCCGGUGAAGCCCCAGCGACCGAGAUACCUCAACGGUAGCUCCCCGUGGAUUUAAAUUUCUAACGGUCGCCGGUUGUUGGUGACCGUGGAGUCAGUGAGCCCGCUGCACUGUACCGUCUCGCCGUGGCACCGCAUCAGCAGCUGUCAGGCUAUUUAAGAUCAAGACUUCGGAGUUAACGCUUGGUAACUGUUACAGCUGGAUUUAGAAUAUACCGGUCAGACCCAAUCGAGCUAAGACCGGCUUGACAAGGCUGUAGGGCGGCCAAAAAGCCACGGAUCGCCCGUUGACAAGUUGUCAUCAUGGGCAACGCGCCCACGGCCAGGAAGGGCAGCGAGAUGGAAAGCGUCAAGGAGUUCCUUGCUAAAGCCAAAGAGGACUUUCUCAAGAAGUGGGAGAACCCCGCACAGAACACUGCUUGCCUGGAGCAGUUUGAGAGGUUGAAAACCCUGGGCACGGGCUCAUUUGGCCGUGUGAUGCUGGUGAGGCACAGAGAAACGGGACAGCAUUAUGCCAUGAAGAUCCUCAACAAGCAGAAGGUGGUGAAGCUCAAGCAAAUAGAGCACACUCUGAAUGAGAAGAGGAUUCUUCAGGCCGUCAGCUUUCCUUUUCUGGUGCGGUUAGAGUACUCGUUCAAGGACAACACUAACCUCUACAUGGUGAUGGAAUAUGUACCUGGUGGAGAGAUGUUCUCCCAUCUACGGCGAAUUGGCAGAUUUAGUGAGCCUCACGCUCGGUUCUAUGCUGCUCAGAUCGUUCUAACCUUUGAGUAUCUGCAUGCUUUGGACCUGAUCUACAGAGACCUGAAACCUGAAAAUCUGCUCAUAGACCAACAGGGCUACAUACAGGUGACAGAUUUUGGCUUUGCCAAACGUGUAAAGGGCCGGACCUGGACACUGUGUGGCACCCCAGAAUAUCUGGCCCCAGAGAUUAUUCUAAGCAAGGGGUAUAACAAGGCAGUAGACUGGUGGGCGCUGGGCGUACUCGUCUAUGAGAUGGCUGCAGGGUACCCGCCUUUCUUCGCUGACCAGCCCAUUCAGAUCUAUGAAAAGAUCGUAUCAGGGAAGGUGCGUUUCCCGUCUCACUUCAGUUCAGACCUGAAGGACCUCCUGAGGAACCUGUUACAGGUGGAUUUAACAAAACGCUACGGGAACCUCAAGAACGGGGUGAACGACAUCAAGGGACACAAGUGGUUUGCAACCACUGACUGGAUUGCCAUCUACCAGAAGAAGGUGGAAGCUCCCUUCGUCCCCAAGUUCAAAGGACCAGGCGACACCAGCAACUUUGACGACUACGAGGAGGAGGAGAUCCGCGUCUCCUUCACUGAGAAAUGUGCCAAGGAGUUUGCAGAGUUCUAGAGUUAGAGAGCAAAGAGAGGAGGAAAGAAGGAAGUAGGGAGAGUCAAAGGUAGGCUGGUCAAGUGGGAGACGUAAGGAGGGAGUACCGUCUCCUGUCCAAUCACAAGCACCAGCUACAAAAUGAGGGAGGAAUUGGGAUAGAGAAGGGAAAAAAGAGCAAGGAGACUGAUAACCAGCAGUGUUGCCUUUUCUGUUGCGUUUCUGUUGUAUUUUAUUUAUUGGUCUGUCUUAUUUAUGGAUCCCUUUAUGAUGAAGGUGUGCUUCAGAUUCAUGGGUGUUAUUUAGAGUUGCCUCUACACAUUUUCACCCAAGAUCUUCCCUGCUCUUUUAUUGUUUCAUUCAUCGUUCAGUCACUUUUGGGCCACAUCACAGAGACAUCACUCAGUCAGUCCGUCGGUCAUUACAUGAAGCCCAUCGAGUCGUGCAAGUCGAGGUCUCAGUCCGCACAAGAGCUUCUUAAAUUUAACAACCGGCUAACUUGCUCUUUCUCUGGUGAGCAAAAGCGGCAUUGAGUCGAACAUUUAAAUGAAUCACACGCACACGCACUUAAAUAACUUAUGUUUUGCAGUCAUUUUUCCUUUAAUUAUUGAAAGCAUUUCAUAUCGUAGACAGCAUACAUUAAGUCACUGGCAUGAUCGGCCACAAGAAAAACAUGAAGAUGAUGCAUCGCGUGUGCUCUAACAAGUUUCGGUCAGACACAAAUGACACUUAAGGGGCAAGAAGUCAGUUAAGUUUACUAUGUAACUCCAUCUAUACUUCUCAUCGUUGUUAGCAUAGCCAGGCUUUGUGCACUCAAUUUUUAAAUGUUGCUAGAUACUAGUGGCUCCAAUGAUAUCAUGUCAGCAAACAAGGAAAUUUGGAUAAGGGAACGUAAAUAUCUCAGUUUUAAUGGUGUUGUGAAGGAACACCGUAACAUAAUGGUAUCUCAGGUUUGAACAUAUCACUUAAUAAGACAUUUUAUCAACAUGAAGCAUUAGGAUUAGCAGGUAAAGAGGACGUGUGAGACACUAGCUUAUGAUAUAGAUUUAGGAAUUUAAAGCUCUGGUUAGCACUAAGAGGAACAUGAGGGAAUAUUAAGACUUUUGGAUAGUGUAUUCCACAGUUUCCCACUCCAGAAGAUUUGGUUUUGCUAACUCGACGACUCUGUUUGGUCUUAAAAGCACUCACUGUCUCCACUCAGAGCUCACAUACUCUUUAAGUUGAUGCAGCAUUUUGAAUUUGGCCCUUGCCAAUUCCAACUACAGAAGACCACCUGAGGCAGACUACCUCCAACCACUUCUGGCUGGUGGUCACCAGAGCACUUUGACCAGUCAUUGAAGGCGGUCUGGAUAGUGUGCUUUAUGGUCUUUUACAGAAACCUGUGUUUAUGUUCAUCUCCCCAGCAGCCAGCCCUCUUGUCACUUGCAAAGUUGGGCCACACUCCAUGUGACAGUCUUACAUGUGACAGCAACUCUAUUCCCAUCUCUUGUGUUUACAGUCUUUGUUUAAUUUAGUUUUUCAUGUGGUGGUGAUGUAACGACGACUGGCGCUCCACUGAACAAGUUAAGAAAAGGUAGCGCAACUGGAGUUGACUAGAGCUAGUAUUGAGAAGAGACAAAAAUGAUCCUAGUGCACAGUGUCCAAGCUGCCUGUUUAAAGUGCACGACACAAGUGUUCAACGCCUCCUUAGCUCCUGAGCUGUGAUCGCAAAGUACUUGAGCAAAGCCCAAAAUGGUGGUCAGUGUAGGAUUUGGUCGUUCAGGAUUUAUGAAAUAAAACACAGUGACACUAGUGUCUGUUUCAAACAUUCAAAUGCCUUCUUCAUAGCUGUAUUUCAAUGUGCCACCAUAAUGAAGAUAUUCUGUUUUGGUUCAAACGGGCGCUCUGGUUUUGCUCUGAUCGCUUUAAAAUCCAGAUAUGUUUGAUUCACACGAGUCCCUCCUGUCCAAAACAGUUCAGAUACGGGAAAAUAUUACAAGCCUUUUCUCAGUUGUACUGUGUAAUUCUGUGUUUAUGAAAAAAUACACACACAAUUACACACAUAUCACUCAUGUGGAAUGUUAUUAGAAAUGAGCUACCAUCAAGGGAUUUUCAAUGUCGACUCAAUGAUCUGUUUUAGAUCAUUUUUCGGUGUGUGUAGCCAAAUGUCUGCAGCUGGAUUAACCAGCUACGGGGCCCCGGGCCUUUAUGAACCCACCAUUCCUCCCACUCUCUGUGUAUGUACCACUAUGCUGGAAUAUCUCAUGGUCCCAGGUUCACUGUGUGGUAAUUUGAUUAAAACACAAAUUAAAGCAGCUACAAGGAACUUUCAUUUCGUGUUGAUUUGGGCAGCUCCUCUGAACAAAAGCGGUAGUGUUUCCCAGAAUAAAGAUUUCCCAUGAGCACCGCCGCCUCUUGUUGUAAAUCUUGAUCUGGCUAGCGGGUGCAUUUGUUGUGGAAGCAAGUGGAAGACAGCAGUUUGUUCUUAUCGAAAUGUGUUUUAUACAUAAACAGGCAUAAUACACACCUCUCUGCGUGGAAGAAGACCAGUUCAGGAUCAGUUUUGAAUCCUUUCAACGCAGUGCUCUCCAUCUCUUGAAUGACCAACCAAGGUUGACUCGUGUUUUUGCCCGUGCUUUAUCACCAUCCCCUUUAGCUUUCUUUGUUCUCUUUGCUGUUUCUGCCCCAGUUUCAGCCAUAAACACGAAAUGUAACAUCGAAAAUAAAUUUCUGUAAAGAAUUUUAACUAGCUUAUGCACUACUCACUGCCAAACUGUGCCCGGGACAAUGUAAACAGGCACUUCCAGUCUGCAUGCCAUAAAUUCUUCAGUCUGAUUUUGCGGGGAAUCGGACCGAAGACAAGCACGAAGAAUAACUUUAUAGAAACUUAUGUAGGUCAUGUAUUAGCAUCAGUAUUAAACUGAGACUGUUUCAUAACCAGUUAAAAACUUCUUGUAGCUGCUUUACUUUAGGAAUGAGUGCAGCAUUAACUGAUGUAAUCAAAGUCUUGAGGGGCCGCUGAUUCAGUAUUGCACUUCCAUAAAGCUUGCAAAAUAGAUAGCUAGAUGGGUAUCCUAGCUAGUAUGCCAUAUUCACAUCAUAUGGGAUGGAUGGUAGAAAUGGGAAAGGUGUUGGCAUGCAAGCGUUGAUGCCAUCUGACACCUUUUCACAGGUGUGACCAGUAAACUGACAUUGAAUUCGAUGGGGUCCAGGACCCCUUUAAGACAGGGCCUCAAGAUGAGCUAAAGACCCACCUCAAGGCCCUUCCUAGUGUCAGCUGAUAUGGCGCUUUAGCAGAGUAUAUUCCCAAAUGAAGUUACAGUUAAUCAAAUUACCACAAACCAAUCUGGGGCUUUUGCAGAUAUGGGGCCCUGGGCAGCUGCCUACUCUUUGCCAAGCUGGUAAUCCAGCCAGUGUCCAGUAGAAAACCUUUUGACUGAUUGGUUUUAUAUCAGAGAAAUUAGUCACAUACAAGGCAAUCAUCUCGUGACCAAAAGCUCCGCUCCCCACUUCUUGUCAUAAUCUUUCACAUUGAGGUGAAACAGCUUAAAAACAUUUCAUUGAUCAAUCUGAGGUCAAAACCAUAUUGGCACAUAGAUGGUGGCAAGAGCUGCAAGGUGGACACACAUCUACUUGAUCAGCUGGCUUAUUGGUUAUUAUGGACUAAUUUACAACCCUUUUAUUAUUAUUAUUAUUAUUAUUAUUAUUAUUAUUAUUAUGACAUUGUUGUAAACCACUUGUUGAGACUUCACAUUCGUUGUAUUUCCUCCAUGUCCAGUUUAAUGUUGACUAUAUCAUCAUGGACAAAAUGUUUGAAGUUAUAAUACAAUAUUAUUCCGUGUCUCCUCGAUGUUUUUUGCAGUGAUACAACUUCCUCUCGAUGCAGGCACAAUGCUGGUACAUACUGUCGCACUUUUUAGGGAAAUGAGACCCCAAUGUAAACCAUGUUAACCCCCGCCACACACACCCAUACACGCACACACACAUAUACACACACACACAAAUAACACACUGCAAAGGGAAGCGUCUAAAGUCACGGGAACAGUGACAUAAAAACACGAAGUGUAAUAUUUUGCAACAUGAGUAUCAUUCCAAUAAAGUUUUACUUGU